AAAAGGGAGGUAUGGAAGAUUAGAAGGUUAAACCUAAAGUCGGUUUAAGAAUCAGCUAUGGUAAGCUGAAUCGUCCCCGUCGAAGAAACGGUAACCUCCGUUCACGUAGCAACGAGCCGUUGCGAUAAAAAUAGAAAUAGACAUGGCGAAUCGAUCGCCGGUCGUUUCCGUCGGACUAUCUCCCCCUCCCUCUCCCUCUCCCUCCCUCCCUCCCCCGACCGAUGAAAAACGUCCGUUUUUUUUCCUUUUUUUUUUUUUCUCCUCCCCAUAAAUUUCGACUCGAUCAGUCGGGAAUCGAACCUGUGUCAACCGGUAAGAUGCAGGUUACCACGAGGGUAGGCAGGGGAAUAGAGACACGAUACGAGGAUUGGCGAAGGCGAGUCUGGGAAAAUCGAUAGAGGGCGUUGAUGCGGUGAGGCGAGGCGAAGGGAGGGGAGGACAGGGAAGGGCGGGGGAGGGGGAAGGGACGGAGGGACGGUGGAAUGGAGGGGGAAACGAUUGAAAAUUGGCGUAGCGAGCGACCAACACACCACCACCACCACCCACACCUCCGGAAUGGAGAGCGUUACGACGCGACGGAAUUAGCACAGGCACAAUAAGCGAUCCCGCCUUCGCUCGGAAAAAUAGAUUUGGCAAACUACCAAAGCUCGGCUUUGAAUAGAUCCGAAAUAUAUGGAUCAUCGUGGUCUUUUGCGUUCCUUCUCGAGCCGUGCCCGCGAACGCGGGUCCGAGUGAAAGCGACCUUUCCCCUCCCUUUCUUCUUUCCCCUCGCGCUUUAAGGGUUUAGACGCGCGCUCGCAAAGCGCGUUUUUGGAAAUUUUUCAGGAAAUUGUUAUAAUCAGAAAUCAACGAUCUUUCUCUUUUCUCCUCGACUUUGGAAAAACUUGCAAAGCUAAACGAUAAUCAUUAUCAUUAACCGCGUGUUGUGCUGUCCUCCGCCUAGAAGACCGAGGUUGAGAAAUGUCGGUUGGUAUAAAGGACAAAAAUAAAUGGAGAAGCCGAUGAAAAUAAACCAAGAAGAGAGAGAGAGAGAGUUUACACGUGUGUUUCACUCGUUCGUGUUUUGCUUCGCUCGCGAAUUCGGUGGAAAAAGGGAGUUUCGAUCGAACGAGAUCGAUUUCGAAGUCGACCUCGUUCCAGUGCGGGCAGAUCGAAACCGAAACCGUUGACCGGCUUGUUCCACCCUCGCCGCCCGGUGAAAAACACAUGCACGGACAGAAUGUUUGAACAGAGCGCGGUUAAUUGAUCGUUCGACGCGCGCGCGCGAAAAAAACAAAGCGCGCCGAUCGAUCGAGAAAACGCGGUGGCGGCCGAUAUCGCGUCGAGAUACGUAUAUAUAUAUAUAAAUAACCGUGUUCGAUACGCUCGGCCGAUAACGGAAAUCACUGUGUUACCGCUAUUUCGGCAUCUAUCGAUCUCUCGGUAUCGGAUCGAUCGGUGCGUUGGUGUAUUAUUAGACACCACGAUUAUCGAAGAAAUUGAAUGGAUGGAGAGAAGAAGAAAGAUUUGAUUUCGAGGAAAAAAAAAAAAAUUCGAUCGGUUGGACAAUUUCCGGUCCUCGUACGACGAGCGUACGCGAGACAGGGUGUACGCAGAUCCGAUUCGAUACGAUACGUAAGCUCGCCAAUAUGCGCGCAUGCAUAAUGCCAAGCAUAACCGAGUAGUUUAUUUAUAACGUCGCGGAAAUACACUCGACGCCUUUAUUGUAAAAGGUUGUGUAACGCCGUUCGCGGCGUUACGUAACCGCGAGAGAAGCUACCACGUUCAGGAAAGAAGGAAGGAAAAAAAAAGAAAAAAAGCGACAACAAUCGCGUAUCAUCACGUUGGACGACGGUCGGUUGGAAGAGGCCGAGUGGAAGGGGAAGGAGAGAGGGAGUGGAGUGGGGGGCGGACGGACGCUUCUCGGCCCGCGUCUUCGAUUGGCCCGCGAUUCGACGAAACUAGCGAACGAAUUUGCUCGCGACGAUUUACAAUUGGCGAUAUAUUGACGCGAAUACGGAUAAUUCGGGAGAUCGUGAAGCGAGUCGUUAUUCGACUGUCGAUCGCGCGUACGCCCGAUCGUCCAUUCGAGGAACGAGAGAGAAAUCAACGAUAAAAUAAAUGGCGAUAAUCGGUAGAAUCAAUCGUACUCUGUGGGCGAAGUUUCGCGACAGAUGUAUUGGCGGGGAGAGGCGAUCACCGCGCAUUCGCCCCGAUACGAAAGGAAUGAAACGAUUGUUCGGAUUGAUGGCGGGCGCGAUUGGUAGCUGUUGCGGGGCAAUCCUCUACUUCCUCAAUCAAUCGUCGCCCGUGGACGCGCUCGAUCUGGAGAUUCGGGUGCCGAGGUAUCCUUGGUCGUUCAACGGUGUAUUUAAAGCGUUCGAUCACGCGGCGCUGAGAAGAGGAUGGCAGGUUUAUCGAACCGUGUGCCGCACGUGUCACAGUCUCCAAUACAUUCGUUUUCUCGAUUUGAUCAACGUAACGCACAGCUUGGAAGAGGUUAAACAGAUCGCUUCCGAGUUUGAGGUGGAGGACGGUCCCGACGACGAGGGGAAUUACUUCACGAGGCCGGGAAAAUUGUCCGAUUACAUUCCGUCCCCGUAUCCGAACGAGGAAGCGGCGAAAGCGGCCAACUUUGGCGCUUAUCCACCGGAUCUCACUUACAUGAUUCUGGCGCAGAGGGAUGGUGUGGAUUACGUGUUUUCCCUGUUGACGGGAUGGAUGGAUCCGCCGGCGGGGGUCGAGAGCGAGGAGAAUCAAUACUUUAACGCGUAUUUCCCCGGCGGACGUACCACGAUGCCUCAAGUAAACGAAAAUGAAAAUACGAUUCGUUUUUUUCUUUUUUUUUUCUACGAUCUUCCCUUUCCUCCCCUCUCGACAGAUGUUGAUGGAGGGAGCGGUCGACUACGACGACGACACGCCGGCGACCGCAUCGCAAAUGGCCAAGGACGUGGUAGAAUUUCUAAUGUGGACGGCAUCCUCGGAACACGACACGCGAAAGAUCAUGACGUUGAAGUGCAUAGGGAUCUUUCUGAUCCUGAUGGUGAGCACUUUCUACAUAUACAGACGGACCUGGUCCCACGUGAGAAGCCGCCGCAUAGCUUACGUGCCGAAUUCCGUGACGCGGGAACCGCAGUUCCCGGCUCGUGUAUCUUCGGACGCCGAUCGAGCGAACAAGAAAAGCGGUGUAUUUCCGAUUCGAUAGACAACGGAACGAAAUUUCUAUUCCUGAAAUAAUACGAAAAAAACCUCGCCGAGAAGGUUCGACAAAAGGCUCGAAAAAAAGAGGAAUAUUUACGGGGAUAAUUACGGGAUAGAAUCGAGGAGAGAAAAAAUAUUCGGGGGGGGGGGGGGGAUCGAAUUGAAUCGAUUCGAUUCGAUUCGAUUCGAUUCGAUUCGAUUCGACGCGACGCGAUUCGAUUCGAUUCGAUUCGAUUCGAUUGGGUUGGGUUGGUAGCGCGGGCGCAACAUGUGCCACCGAUAAUCGUUUCGCAACGAGCGGCCUUGACGAUGCCCGUAUGCUCGAUCGGGCCGUCUAAAAAUAGAAAGCUCGAGAAACCGUGCAACAAACGUUAUGCCGUCUCUUUCUCUCUCUUUUUCUAUCUCUUUCUACCUCCCUUCCCUUCUCUCUCUCUCUCUCUCUCUCUCUCUCUCUCUCUCUCUCU